GAGGUCUAAAAAUCAGCAUCUAUCAAUUGAACGCUUAAGUUUUAAUUAAAAAUGAUCCAUCAUUCACAUUUGCACCACAGAAUGAUGCAAAUAUUCCAACCUAUGCAAGGAUUGAAAGACAGAAGCGCCUCUACCGUUAAAACCAAAGUAGGGAGAAUGAACUUCUGACGAAAAAAUAAACAUAUGCAAAAAGAUGCAAAUCAUUUGCUUCUACAUUCAAGAGCAAGGAACUGGGAAUAUAGAUGAAAAAUAAGCGACCUACACCGCCCGCCCUCUCUUGUCUUUCCUCUGAGUCUCCCAUGGUGCGAACAUUCAGAGAACCCAUGACCUUGCGCUAUCCCCGCCGGCGAUUCGGGAAGCCCACCCGGCGGACCGCUAUAAAAGGAGCCUGACUCGCCGAUAGGAGCACAGUCUCACCGCCGGACUCGACCCAACGACUCCGACAAACAUGGCUUUCUUGCGCGUCGCUACGUGCGCCGCCGCUCUGGUGGUCCUCGCCUCGGCUGACCACGGAGGCGGCGGAGGAUUCAAGGGAUCAUCCUUCGGCGGAGGAUUCAAGGGAUCCUUCGGCGGAGGCCAUGGCGGCGGCGGCUUCAUCUCCAGCGGCGGACACGGAGGUGGCGGCGGCGGAUACGGAGGCGGCGGACGGCGCAUCGGCGGAAUUACCAUCGGACACCGCAGCAGCGGCGGAUACGGCGGUGGAUCCAGCGGCGGACAUGGAGGAUUCUCCAGCGGCGGAUACGGCGGCGGAUCCAGCGGUGGACACGGUGGAUUCUCCAGCGGUGGACAUGGUGGAUUCUCCGGCGGCGGAUACAGCGGUGGAUCCAGCGGUGGACACCGCAGCUUCUCCAGCGGCGGAUACGGCGGUGGAUCCAGCGGUGGACACGGUGGAUUCUCCAGCGGUGGACACGGUGGAUUCUCCAGCGGCGGGUACGGCGGUGGAUCCAGCGGCGGACAUGGAGGAUUCUCCAGCGGUGGACACCGAGGUGGAUCCAGCGGUGGACACCGCAGCAGCGGCGGAUACGGCGGUGGAUCCAGCGGUGGACACGGUGGAUUCUCCAGCGGCGGAUACGGCGGUGGAUCCAGCGGCGGACAUGGAGGAUUCUCCAGCGGCGGAUACGGCGGUGGAUCCCGAGGCGGUUCCAGCGGCGGACACCGCAGCUUCUCUAGCGGCGGAUACGGCGGAGGAUCCAGCGGCGGACACCGCAGCAGCGGUGGAUACGGAGGUGGAUCCAGCGGCGGACACCGCAGUUUCUCCAGCGGUGGAUACGGCGGCGGCUCUCGUGGUGGAUACCACGGCUAAAAUACUACCAGCAAAGCGUCAUAAUUUCACUGUCAUCCCGUAUCGUAACGAUAUAGCAACUCUAGAUGUUCCAUCGAUGUGAAUUCCAGCGUUUCACGGGUACGAACAAUAAAUUAUUUAAAAUGA